CAAGCACCAUGGACGAAGUCGAAAAUCCACAGGUCAAGGCUCCUGAGGAGGAGAGCGACAGCAUCGUCACACCGGCAAAGGACACCGCUGAGAAACUGGACCUCGACAACGCUCCCAUUAUUCCACCGGCAGGACAGCCAACCUCCAACGACACGUCUAGGCGACCAUUGUUGAAACGCGACUCGUCAGCGCCGCCGUCCAAGCAACCUCCACCCGCCGUGCCCGACGUCGACCCCAGCCAGGAUCCUCCUGAUUCUCUGACACUUGCUCAGCUCAAGAGUCUUCGUGCUGGCUUCCCCGCCCUACAAAACCAUCCUCAACAGCCUGUUCCCCUAUCCACCGUCUACGAUUUCGAGUAUCGCGACUCGCAAUCCUUCCCCGUCGAGAUCGAAGAAUGGUUCACGUACAGCGAGAAAGAGAGGUCCAAGUUACGACAAAUCAAUGCUGCUUUUGACCAUGCCUGGAAGGCACACACUGCCCAAGACCCUGUUCCGGACUGGACUGCCUCGCCGCAAUUGGGCAUGAACUUCGUUGCCAACCUGCUUCACGACCUGCAACUGGGUUCUCCCCACCAACAGAACCAAGCUCUCCAAGUCUUGACAUACAUCUCUCUGGGUACUUGGGAAGAGACUGCUGGUAGAGAGACUCUUAACCCUUUCUUUGCUGUUCUCGGCUCCAACCAACCCCAGGUCACGGCCGGCUUGCCAAAUUAUGCCGGCGCAACAUUUCAGAUCCAAAUAAUGAUCAACACUCUUUGUAUGCUGGCUCAGCAAGGUGCUGUACCACUUGUCUAUUCUCUCAUGAAAUCCGUUUGCGAGAGAGAUCUUACUGCUUCCGCUCAGAACGAAGAUACAUCCAAUUCAAAGUAUGCUGAGGGUGACGAGAGUAUCGAUGUAUGGUGCACUCUGACUCUAAUUUACUUGUUCGUCGAGUUGAGUCGCAUAUCUGAGGGCACGCCAGAUGCACACGUGUUGCACAGAGAGCUUGACUUGUUGGUCACUUGUGCAAACAUAGCUACCCAAAUGAGAUGGGAUGACUUUGCCCCUGUCCCUCAGACCAAGACCAUUCUUAUAUCUUUCGGUGGUGUCGAAAAAGCCGACAAGGUCAAGGCUUCGUUCCAGGAGAAUGUCGGCGAGAAAGACGAGCGUGGUCACCCUCUCAUCACAGCCUCUCCACUUGACUACCACCUCUUCAGACAGGAGAUCACGUCGAAAUAUCCUGCCUAUCAACCACCACCACCGUUGUUUGCGUUCGAGCCUGAGAAUAACACCAUCUUGCCUCCGCUUCGUCACAGACAAACUAAGAUUGACAGCAACGACAAUACUGCAUCGACUGGCACAGGUGUUCACGGCGCCUCAAUUUUGCAUCAAGCAGUGCACAUCGCCACUCCGGCUCCGUCACCUCCGCCCUCUCCAGCUGGUCCAGGAGGUAAAGGUGGAAAGAAGCAAAACUAUCAGACCAAUCAAAUGUUCCCUUUCCUCUACCCACCCUUGGACGAGGCAAGCAAUGAUCUGGGCGGCAAGGGCUCCACUGAAUUGCAGGAUGCUUUAGCAGGCCGAAAAUGGAGAGGAAGUGAUGUUCCAGCUUCUAUUCUCGAGGCUGCUGAUUUGUUCUCCAAACGUAUGAGGGCCACCAGAGCAAUGAAACAGCUUUGGGACACCAGAAUUGACUACAUGAGAUUUGAGAGAGGUUGGUCAGAUGCCAACGACGAUUCUGACGUAGAGAAACUUGAUCUCUACGGGGCUCAAGAGAAUGGAGUUUCUUCAUCUGAGCAUGCAGACAUGGCAAAGGCACCACAAAAGCAAAAGGAUGCAGAGCCUCUGUCAGAGAAUGACAGGAUUUUGGAGGCGGUUGCCCAAUUUUACCGCGAUGUCUUACCACAGAUGCAAUCUGUUGUCUUUGUGCUGCUCAAAGGCAUGGCGAGAGUCUAUGCAGAUACUACUGCCAAUCCACAAGCCCAGGCUUUUGAAAACGGUCACGUUCCCGAUGGCAUAUCGAUAUCUGCGGAACAAGUUGAUGCUUCGCGUUCUACGGAGAUCACCGGCAAGGCUGUGUCAUCCAUCUUGUUACUAUUGCUCAAAUGGUUCAAGUUGUCUCUGCUACGGAUAUGGCAGUGGCAAGAUAUCGGUCGCGCCUGUCACUUCAUGCUGGAUAGACCAGAACUUGAAAACCCGGUCCUACCUGAUUUCGUGACGAUCGAUGAAGCAGUAGAAUCCGAAGACGAGGCACUGCCUCCACCUAUCAAAUUCCGCAGAGAGUCCGAAGCAAUCUCAGAGGUUUCGGCUAGCUCAGUACCCNCAGACUACACCACUCACCCACCCGAAGUCGAUGAACUGGGCUACCCGACUCAAGCACCUCCACCAACGCCCAUCCAAAACUAUUCCUACCGAAACACCUUCACCUACAUCAACUACUUGCGCGUACUACAGAAGAUCACUCGCCGCAAGGCACAUCGCUCUUUACUCUUGGUGUCCUAUAAGUCAUCCAAUGUGCUGAAGAAGUCGUUACGGGUGCCUGUGGACAUGAUGAGAUAUUACACACUUAAGCUCUUCAAGACCCAAGUGCCAUACUGCGGUCGAAAAUGGCGUCAGAGCAAUAUGAAGAUCAUCACAGCCGUCUGGCUCAGCGUACCUUCAGAGCUGCGCGACGAUUGGCUAUCUGGAGGUGGCGGUGGUAUGGGUGGCGCUGGUCCCGGAGACGUGGACGGAACUGUAGAGGAAGCCCUACCUCUCGAACAAUCGCUCCGUAGUCUUACGCACUGGUGGAAUGUGCGCAACUACCCUGAUAAGAUGGGUGUGGACAAAAAGCUAGUUACGGAAGAGCAGGACUUCUUCGCCCGAGAGCUGGAGAAGAUGGAAUUGGGACGUAUUGAAGAUGAAAUGCUCGAAGAGAGUAUGAUUGAGGAGGCCUGGGCCCAACCUAUGGAAAAUUAUGCC